UUUUCAUAUAACGGGGCCCUACUCCUUCCUUAAGCACCUGUUUUCAAAUUAACAUUCACACCUUGCUUACAUUCCAUAACCAUAUAGCUUUCCUUUUAGAACUCCUAAAAGGCAGAGUAUGAAUUGAGCAGAACAGUUUGCAGAAGUAUGAGGUGGUUUCUUAUUCUGCUACUAAGUGUCUUGGUUUUUCAGUUUCCUUCAAAAAGGUCUUCGUCGAUGCUAUUGCCCUUAUGCAACCAUCAUGAUGCCUCUUCCUUGCUUAGCUUCAAAAGCCAAUUUAGAGUCGAUGGCUGUUCUGGCACUUCUACAUGGUACCAAUCUACAUAUCCAAAGACAGAAUCUUGGAAAAAUGGUACUAAUUGUUGUUUCUGGAAUGGAGUGAGUUGUGACACAAACUCAGGCCGCGUCAUUGGCUUAGACCUCAGUGGCAGUUGCCUUCAAGGUGAAUUUGAUCCCAACACCACUCUCUUUAAGCUCACUCACCUGCAAAAGCUCAACCUUGCUUUCAACGACUUUUCCUUUUCUCUAAUGCCUUCUGGGUUUGGUCAUCUUCUCGCUCUUACACAUCUCAACCUAUCGUAUGAUGGAUUUAGCGGUCUCAUUCCUUCCGAAAUAUCUCAUCUCUCAAAACUAGUUUCACUUGAUCUCUCACUGUCAUAUGGAAUGAGAAUUGAAUCAGCAACUCUCGAAAAGCUGAUUGUAAAUGCAACUCAGUUAAGGGAGCUUAUUCUUGAUUGCCUAGAUAUGUCUUUGAUUAAACCAAGUUCUCUGUCUUUGUUGGUUAAUUUUUCAUCCUCUUUGGUUUCUCUUAGCCUUCACAGUACGGGAUUGCAUUGGAAGUUAGCAAAUAAAAUACUCUCUUUACCUAAUCUUCAAGAGCUUGAUCUGUCUGCUAAUGGGUAUAUUGAAGGUGAGCUUCCACAGUCCAAUUGGAGCACUCCUCUUAGACACUUGGAUCUCUCUUUGAGUACUUUUUCAGGACACAUUCAGUCUUUAUCUAAUCUCACGCAGCUAAAAUACUUGGCCCUUUGUGAUAGCGAAUUCAGUGGCGAGAUUCCAUUAUCACUUUCAAAUCUUCAACAUCUCACUUACAUUGACCUUUCAGAUAAUAAUUUCACAGGACCUAUUCCUCAAUGCAUGGGUAACAUCUCACAAUUAAACUAUCUGGUCCUCCAUUCGAAUUACUUCAGUGGUGAGAUUCCAUCAUCUCUUUUUAACCUUCACCAUCUUAUUCACUUAGAUCUUUCAUAUAAUAAUUUUGAUGGUGAAAUCCCCAAUCUGUUUCGCAAGCUAAGCAAAUUAGAAGUUUUAGAUCUUUCUAGAAACAACCUAGUGGGCCAAUUGCCAUCAUCGUUGUUUGGGCUCACUAAUCUUCGUGAUUUAAGUUGUUACGUGAACAAAUUACUUGGAGCAAUACCAGAGAAAAAUAGUGGACUUUCUAAUUUAGCUAAUCUGGAUUUGUCCGAUAACCUGUUGAACGGAACAAUUCCGCGUUGGUGUUUUUCUUCGUCAUCGUUAUUUAACUUACACCUCAGUGGGAACCAGCUUACCGGCUCAAUUGGUGAAUUCUCUGCUUUUUCACUGGAUAUUUGUGAUCUGUCUCAUAACAAGCUGCAAGGUUAUCCCGAGUCAAUGUUUCUUCUCCAAAAUCUCUCUGAAUUAAGUCUAUCAUCAAAUAACCUCAGUGGUCACCUAGAUUUUCAUAAAUUUUCAAAUCUUCAACAGCUACAAAAUCUUGAUCUUUCUCGCAACAAUUUUCUUUCUCUUAGUUUUAAUGGUGGGGGUGAAUACACCUUUCCCAACCUUCACGGUUUACAUUUAUCUUCAUGCAAUGUAAUUAGUUUCCCGAAAUUUCUUAGCCGACUAAAUAUACUUACUUCCUUAGAUCUAUCCAACAACCAAAUUCAUGGAAGGAUUCCAAAGUGGUUUACUAAUACGACCACAUGGAAAUAUACUUUGUCUUAUUUGGACCUCUCUCAUAACCUUCUAACAUCGGUUGGGAGUCUCUCACUCGUAUGGGAGAAAAUUUAUUACAUUGACUUGAGUUUCAACAUGUUGGAAGGAGAUAUUCCGGUCCCUCCAUUUCGCACUGAAUUCUUUUUUCUCUCUAACAACAAAUUGACUGGAGGCAUUUCUUCAGCUCUUUGUCAUGCAAGCUCACUUGAGAUGAUCAACUUGUCUCACAAUAACUUAACAGGAAAGCUUCCUGAAUGCCUUGGAACCUUCCAUUACCUUUCAAUUUUGGAUCUGCGAAGGAACAACCUUAGUGGUAUGAUACCAAGAACCUAUCUUCAGAUAGAAUCAUUGGAAACUAUGAAUUUUAAUGGCAAUCAAUUGGCGGGACCAUUACCUCGGUCGGUAGUAAAAUGCAAACAACUAAGAGUUUUGGAUCUUGGAGAAAAUAACAUACAAGAUACAUUUCCAAGUUGGCUAGAGUCACUCCAACAGCUGCAAGUCCUUGUUCUACGUGCUGAUAGGUUUAAUGGAUCCAUCAACAGUUUGAAAUCCAAAAAUGGCUUUCCUAUGUUGCGGGUUUUCGACAUCUCCAACAAUAAUUUCAGUGGAAAUCUGCCAACAAGUUACUUUGAAAACUUUAAAGGAAUGAUGGUGAAUAUCAAUAAUGGUUUGCAAUAUAUGAGGGGUGAAAGAUAUUCUUUAAAAUACUAUGAUUCAAUAGUGGUUACCAUAAAAGGAGAGAUUUUUCCGCUAGAGAGAAUCUUAACUAUUUUCACAACUAUUGAUUUAUCAAAUAACAGAUUUGAAGGAAUAAUUCCAGCAAUUGUUGGAGAGUUAAAGUCACUGAAAGGACUUAACCUUUCCCACAAUAGAAUCACUGGUUGUAUUCCACAAACCUUGGGUGGUUUGGAAAAUCUGGAAUGGUUAGACCUUUCCUCAAACAUGCUCAAGGGUGAGAUUCCAAAUGCAUUCACCAAUCUUCACUAUCUCUCUGUCUUGAACCUUUCACAAAACCAGCUGGUGGGAAUGAUACCAACAGGUAAACAAUUGGACACAUUUCAGAAUGAUUCCUAUCUGGGAAAUCCAGGGCUAUGUGGGUUGCCAUUGUCAAAACCAUGCCACAAGGAUAAAAAACAGCGGAGAGACUCAAACACCUUUUACCAUGAUGAGCAAUUCGGGUUUGGAUGGAAACCCGUAGCUAUAGGAUACGGGUGUGGAGUGGCAUUUGGAAUAGUGUUGGGGUAUAUUGUAUUCUUCUCUAGGAAACCACAGUGGUCAAUAAGGUUUGUUGAAGGCAUUCUCAAUCAAAGAGUGAGAAAGAAGAGUCACCUAACUCCUGCAAAUACAAAACAACACAAUGAGGGUCGUUGACGAAUCUGACAAUCAGUAUCCAUCCAUGCUAUAACAGAAAACAAACACAUUCACAGAGGUCUUUCUUCUGUCCCAUUCCCUUUUUUGCCUCAAUUGAAAGACGUUCAUGUCUUAUGUUAAGA